UGUGGGAUUACAAAUUUAUUUAAAUGUUUAAUUUAGAUUCCAAUGUAAUAGUGUACAAACUGAAGAAGUUAUAUACCUUGUAUUUAACAUUUAAGGUGAAAAAUGGUGACAUGAGUCAGAUCACUACAUCAGAUGCAAGAGGUCCCUGCCAGUUCCUGUUCUCCUAUUGUAAGUGAAAUGAGCCAGACUCGAAUCUUUUGUUCUGCAAAUGGCUUUCGGAGCCCCCUGGCCCAGACAUGAAUCGUUAGACUGAUUGGAUUAUCAAUGCAAUCGAGUGUUGUUGAUUGGGUCUGUCUUUCUCAUUUGCAUGCUUUGUUUAAAGUUGUCACCCAGGUGCUUGGUCUCCAUUCCUAAGCACUGCCCCCUAAAAUGUAUUUAAAACUACAAUGUAUCACUGCUUUAGUUAGACUUGGAUGACUACAGCGACGCACAGCGAGUUCUCAAUAAACAGUAACUUCUGUAUGAAAGAUAUCCCAACGUCUCCUGGUCUCUGCUUCGUAGAAGAUAAAAGUUCACAACAGAUGGUGCCGUGACCCGGAUGGAGUUCCAGCUUCCUCACCUGAAUCCAGUUUGAAAACUUCAAGCUCAAACAAAGAUCUGCUUCCAGACUGCAUCUUUUGGAAUCCAACGAAAACUUCAAGCUGAACAAAAGAUUUCCAGACUGAAUUUUUCUCUCAACCAAGGUUAUGAUACCACAUGAUGGCUGUCCUGAGACCCAUACGUGCCGACCCCUCACCUGCGUAUGAAGCCACAACCUCUAAAAGACAACAAGACCCACUGCCGAGCCAACUGUCACAGAAGACAGAACAAAGAAAAAUAAAAAAAUACACAACGCAGAGAAUCACAUACGGGAACUUCAGUCAUCAUCAACAUGAACAAGAUUGUCGUAUUAUUAACCAUCAUGGAUAUCACGCUAAGUGUAGACCCCAGAAACAACAUAUUCUUAGAGCUAAUGAAUAUGUCAAGAAAUGCCUUGUUUGCUGGAAAGAACGUUUGCAUGCCACACGCACCUUCAGUAGGAGCAGGAAUCCCAUGGGUGGCACACCCUAUCUCCAAAUGUGAUACGUGUACCUUAUUCGAUCAUCAUACCAGUGGAUUAUACAACAAGGAUACAUGUCACAACGUAACAAUUCCUCCACCUUCUACGUGUUGCAUUCCUGGACUACCAUCCUGCAACCUAACUUCAGCUACUCCCAUCAUGACAGAUCUACUCAUGCCAAGGAUGUUCUAUUGGUGCAUGGAAAAUUAUGCUCCAGCAUCGACUACACUGGGUGAAAUUCCUCGUGAACGUUGCAGCUUUGUGAUUAAAAGAAGAACCGAAUUCAAUGUGUACGUUACUACAUCAGUUACGAAAGAGGAGAAUGACUUAAAAGACUGUCUCUACGGGAACCCAUCCCUACCGAAACUUUUUGCCAUAAAUCAGUUGUGCAUGAUUCCUCCACCGACUGGCACUUUAUGGUUAUGUGGAACUUCUGUCUACAGCAUCCUACCCAGCCAAUUCAACGGCAGGUGCACCCUGGUUUAUGUUCUACCAGCUAUCAGAGAAAAUACACACUCCACCUCAAAUUCUCCACAUCUACAAAAUUCAGCUUCUACCAACAAAGAUGGCUGCAUUCCAGGACUCACUUGUGUACAAACGUGGUGGUCAAGAACUCUUGGAGCAUUAAUCCCAGCGUAUGGCGUCAUGCAGGCUCUCGAUCAAGUCAGAAGCCUGUCGGAUUCUGUACAGAAAUUAGCCAAUGAUACGGUUUUGGCCCUGGGCAAUAUCACGGACACUCUCGCUUCACACAAGAUGAUGAUCUUACAGAACAGAGUGGCCUUGGAUUACAUUCUUGCAACACAAGGGGGAGCCUGUACCAUUAUCGGCCCUGAAUGCUGCACGGUUUAA